AUGCAGAAAGGAGGGCAGCCAAGUGCUCGUGCUGCAUUUUUGUGUCUCUAUUUACGCAGCAGAGCCCUGAGUCAAAACAUUUCCUGCAAUGUGAAGAGUGAAGGCCCCAAACUGGUCCCCUUCUUUAAAGCCACUUGUGUGUAUUUUGUCCUCUGGCUGCCAACUUCUAGCCCCUCUUGGUUCAGUGCCCUCAUUAAAUGCCUGCCCAUCUUCUGCCUGUGGGUUUUCCUUCUGGCUCAUGGGAUAAACUUCUUAGUGUCACACCGGAGUGCCAGCCGCAUCCUAGCGGGACUCAUAUUCUCGGCAGUGGGAGACGCCUUUCUCAUCUGGCAGGAGCAGGGCUACUUCAUUCAUGGUCUGCUGAUGUUCGCCAUCACACACAUCCUGUACUCCUCAGCCUUUGGGAUGAAGCCUUUGGACCUCAAAGCCGGCUUGCUGAUGGGCGUUGUUUCCAGUUCCUGCUAUGCCUUCCUCUACUCCUACCUCUCGGGUCCGUUCACCUACCUGGUGGCCGUCUACAUCGCCCUGAUCGGCUUCAUGGGCUGGCGGGCGGUGGCGGGCGUGCAGCUGUGCAAUGACCUGUGGACAUGGACCAAGCUGUCGGCCUGUGUGGGCGCCAUGCUCUUCAUGGUGUCGGACCUCACCAUCGCGCUCAACAAGUUCUGCUUCCCCGUGCCCUACUCGCGCUUCAUCAUCAUGGCCACCUACUACGCGGCCCAAAUGCUGAUUGCGCUGUCGGCCGUAGAGACCAGAGAUGAAGAGGACUUCAGGAAGAGGAGCUAGGUGGAGUGCCAUAGUCUGUGAACACAUGGGUUAUAUCUCAGGUGCUGUAGCUGCAUUCACCCCUGAGAGAGAUCUCCAUUUCUCUAGGCACACUGGUGAUGUUGAUUUUGCUUCUUUGAAGCAUUACUUUUGGGAAUUACAUUUUUUUUUCAUUGGC